UUUCUUCUACUCAACCAAGGGCACGCUACGGCCGCGGCUCCCACCGCCCCCAACUCCGUCCUCCUCUCCACCCCUCGCCGACAUCUGCCCCACCUCGUCUCGCGGCGUCUGCCAGGCAAGCAGCCAUGGAGCACGGUUCCAUGAUGGAUUCGACCUCGUCGACGUUCUCCAUCAUGGAGGAAGACCACACCCUCGCCAACUCCGUCAGAUUCGUUCUCAACCAGGACCCAAGGGUGGCAUUUUGUGGGUAUAGCAUCCCUCAUCCUGCUGACAACAAAGUGAACAUAAGAGUUCAGACUACAGGAGAUCCAGCAAAGGAUGUUAUGGUAGAUGCUUUGCAGGACUUGAUGGUUAUGUGCCAGCAUGCAAUGGGGACAUUUGACACCGCUGUGGUUGAUUUUCGAGCGAAGCAACCAGCAGACAGGAUGGAUAUUGAUCUGAACAAAAAUUUGUAGCUUCUUGGCAAACCUUAAGUGAAUGUUG